UGAGAGCGCGGCCUUCGUUCCUCUCGUGGAGGUGAAUGAGCCUUGGGACCCCGCGACCUGUUUUAACUUUUAUGGCUUGGUCGUAGGAUCAGCGGGGCUCGCACUUCGGUCAGCAGGAAAAGACGCUGCGGCGAGCAGCGGAGGGUGGAGUUGAAUGGCAGGGCAGCUGAUUGCCUUACUCUAUUCGGAGCCGCUGCGUUCGGGGCGGUUCGGGAGUCCCCAGGUUGGAAGUGGACCUGAAUGGGGCGGCGUCUGAGGGUCUCCUGGGCUCUCAGCGGCCCGACUCGCCUUCCCCCACCUCCCACAGCUCUGUCGCUUCCUAGCGGUGUAACGUUGGGAAAGGAGGCUGUUCCUGGACUAUUUCUGACCUGUUUUUUAAGAAAGAGCGCAUCACUCAACAGGUGGCGUCUGGAGUUAUCCUCUGUGGAUUUUCCAGGAUCUCAGACAAGAUCGUGCAAUCUCCCAGCCUCCUUUCCUUCCCCUGCCCUGACUUCUGAAAGAAUGCUGCGGAGAGGAGGAAGGAGAGCAUCCUGGCUCCUGGCAGCAGAGCCCCACUGUGACAGGACAUAGCAUUCACCUUUCUCUUCUGUUCCGAGUGCAAGAAGACUUCAGGGACCUCUGUUUCAUGGACAUUAUCAUAUUCUUCUCAGAGUACCCAGCAAGAGGUUUGCAAAGAGGAGUUAUUCAGUGAAAGCAACAGAGAGACAAGAUUUAGAAUACUGGCUCUGGUAUGAAAGCCAGAUUCAGGUACCGUUCCUGCCUCUUGACCUCACCAAGCCUCAGCUUCCUCACCUGUUAAAAGGAUACAAUUGUCGUCAUCAUCAUUUGUUGAGAACUCCCUAAAAUGCCAGCUGAGCAUAGGCACAGAAGUUUAGGUGUUUGGACCAAGGUCACACAACUGAUAUAACAGUAGCUUCUUCACAGACUUGGCACUUCUCCAGAAGGAGGAGGACAAAAUGACGAAGUCUAAGUGCUAUCCCUUUUCCAGUGGACCUUUAUUGCAAGAUUUAGGUGGAGUGUGUUUGAUGUUGUAGGAGGCAGUGACAUUCAAGGACGUGGCUGUGGUCUUCUCUGAGGAGGAGCUGCAACUACUGGACCUUGCCCAGAGGAAGCUGUACCGAGAUGUGAUGCUGGAGAACUUCAGGAAUGUGGUCUCAGUGGGGCAUCAGCCCACACCAGACGGUCUACCACAGUUAGAGAGAGAAGAAAAGCUGUGGAUGAUGAAGAUGGCAACCCAGAGAGAUAACUCCUCAGGAAGCAAGAAUCUAAAAGAGAUGGAGACUCUUCAAGAAGUAGGAUUAAGGUACUUGCCUCAUGAAGAGCUUUUCUGCUCCCAGAUCUGGCAACAGAUUACAAGAGAGUUAAUCAAGUAUCAAGAUUCUGUGGUAAAUAUUCAAAGAACAGGCUGCCAGUUGGAAAAACGAGAUGAUUUGCACUAUAAAGAUGAGGGAUUCAGUAAUCAGAGUUCCCAUCUUCAAGUUCACAGAGUCCACACUGGUGAAAAACCCUACAGAGGAGAACAUUGUGUGAAAAGUUUCAGCUGGAGCUCUCAUCUUCAAAUUAACCAAAGGGCUCAUGCAGGAGAGAAGCCCUACAAAUGUGAAAAAUGUGAUAAUGCCUUCCGUCGGUUUUCAAGUCUUCAAGCCCAUCAGAGAGUCCACAGUACAGCAAAAUCAUACACAAGUGAUGCAACUUACAGGAGUUUUAGUCAGAGGUCACAUCUUCACCAUCAUCAGAGAGUUCCCACUGGAGAGAAUCCAUACAAAUAUGAAGAGUGUGGGAGGAAUGUUGGGAAAAGCUCACAUUGUCAAGCUCCUCUGAUAGUUCAUAUGGGAGAGAAACCCUAUAAAUGUGAGGAGUGCGGGGUGGGCUUCAGUCAGAGAUCAUAUCUUCAAGUUCAUCUGAAAGUUCAUGCUGGAAAGAAACCGUAUAAGUGUGAAGAGUGUGGGAAGAGCUUCAGUUGGCGUUCACGACUGCAGGCUCAUGAGCGAAUCCACACUGGCGAGAAACCAUACAAAUGCAAUGCAUGUGGCAAGAGCUUUAGUUACAGCUCACACCUUAACAUUCAUUGUAGAAUCCACACAGGAGAGAAACCCUAUAAGUGUGAGGAGUGUGGGAAAGGUUUCAGUGUGGGUUCACACCUUCAGGCCCAUCAGAUAAGCCACACUGGAGAGAAGCCAUACAAAUGUGAGGAGUGUGGGAAAGGCUUCUGCCGGGCCUCAAAUCUGCUGGACCAUCAAAGAGGCCAUACUGGAGAGAAACCAUACCAGUGUGAUGCAUGUGGUAAGGGCUUCAGUCGUAGCUCAGAUUUUAACAUUCAUUUUAGAGUCCAUACAGGGGAAAAACCCUAUAAAUGUGAGGAGUGUGGCAAGGGCUUUAGCCAGGCCUCAAAUCUUCUGGCCCAUCAAAGAGGCCACACUGGAGAGAAACCCUACAAAUGUGGUACAUGUGGGAAGGGCUUCAGUCGGAGCUCAGAUCUUAAUGUACACUGUAGAAUCCACACAGGAGAGAAACCCUAUAAAUGCGAGAAGUGUGGUAAGGCCUUCAGUCAGUUUUCCAGCCUUCAGGUGCAUCAGAGAGUUCACACUGGAGAAAAACCAUAUCAGUGUGCAGAGUGUGGGAAGGGCUUCAGUGUAGGUUCACAGCUUCAAGCCCAUCAGAGGUGCCACACUGGAGAGAAACCCUAUCAAUGUGAGGAGUGUGGGAAGGGCUUCUGUCGGGCCUCAAAUUUUCUGGCACAUCGUGGAGUCCACACAGGAGAAAAACCAUACCGAUGUGAUGUGUGUGGUAAGCGCUUCAGACAGAGAUCCUACCUUCAAGCCCACCAGCGGGUCCACACAGGAGAGAGACCAUACAAAUGUGAGGAAUGUGGGAAAGUCUUCAGCUGGAGCUCAUACCUUCAAGCCCAUCAAAGAGUUCACACUGGAGAAAAACCAUACAAAUGUGAGGAGUGUGGGAAGGGCUUCAGUUGGAGCUCAAGUCUUAUCAUUCAUCAGCGAGUCCAUGCUGAUGAUGAGGGUGACAAGGACUUUCCUUCAUCAGAGGAUUCACACAGGAAAACUUGAUAAAAUAAGUUUUACUAUCUCAGAUGGGUGCUGAAAUAUUUUAAUAAUCAGAGCUAUCAUAAACAAAACAUUUGUUUUAUAGAGUCAGUAGUUCAGCCAAGUGAUUGGGAGACCACACAGCAGAGAAGCCUCAUAAGAGUGGAGACAUAUGGACUGCAUUCAGAACAUUGACCAUUAGCUGAUACAUGCAGACAAGAGGAUCAGGAAGGAUGAGUCUGAUCUGGAGUAAAUCAGAAGUACUAAGAUGGAAAUGCUGAAUUCUGUUCCACUAGAAUAUAAGAUCCAAGAGGGUACGGACUUUGUUGACUGCCAAAUCUACUCUCCUUUUCAGUGCCUAACACGUUGUAAUUUUUCAGUAAUAUUUGAAAUUACUGUCAUAUUUGAAAUUCAGUAAUAUUUGACAUUUUUAUUUAUCUCUAAAAGUUUCUCUAAAAUUGUACUCAGAAGAAGAAUUCUGCAAGGCUUGGAGGAUAUAUAAGUUAGUCAUAUGGCCUGAUUUUCCCAUUUUUGCAGAUCUCAUGGACGAGUGUUUAUCAAACUGAAGGUUGCAGCUUGUUAGUGGGUCCAGAAAUCAGUUUCUGGCUAGCAACUAGAAGUUUUGUAUGUUAACAGUACUUUAUUGAGGUGUAAUCUGCAUGCAGUAACAUGCACAAGUCUCAAGUUCAUGGCUUUCUGAAUUUUGACAAAUGUAAUCAUCACCAAGAUCAAUGUAUACAAUAUGUCUAUUAAACCAAAAAGUUUUCUUGUGCCCAUUUCCAGUCAA